AUGACCCACCAGACCCACGCAUACCACAUAGUGAAUCCUAGCCCUUGACCCCUUACAGGAGCCCUCUCAGCCCUUUUAAUGACAUCCGGCCUAAUUAUGUGAUUCCACUACAAUUCAAGCCUCCUACUGUCGCUAGGCUUAAUUACAAAUAUGCUAACAAUAUAUCAAUGAUGGCGAGACAUUAUUCGAGAGAGCACAUUCCAAGGACACCACACCCCCUCCGUCCAAAAAGGUUUACGAUACGGAAUAGUUCUAUUUAUCGUAUCCGAGGUCCUAUUUUUCAGUGGAUUCUUUUGAGCUUUCUACCAUUCAAGCCUCGCCCCUACCCCAGAACUAGGAGGAUGCUGACCCCCGACCGGAAUCCACCCCCUAAACCCGCUAGAAGUCCCCCUCCUCAAUACCUCCGUUCUACUAGCCUCUGGAGUCUCAAUUACCUGAGCCCACCACAGCUUAAUAGAAGGGAAUCGCACUCACAUACUACAAGCCCUAUUUAUUACAAUUGCCCUAGGAUUAUAUUUCACACUACUACAGGCUUCAGAGUACUACGAAGCACCUUUUACAAUCCCUGAUAGUGUUUACGGCUCCACUUUUUUCGUAGCCACUGGCUUCCAUGGCUUACAUGUCAUUAUUGGCUCCACUUUCCUUGCUGUCUGCUUUUUACGACAAUUAAAAUUUCACUUCACAUCUAGCCACCACUUCGGAUUUGAAGCCGCUGCCUGAUAUUGACAUUUCGUAGAUGUUGUGUGACUAUUCCUUUACGUCUCCAUUUAUUGAUGAGGCUCCU